AAGGAACCAUAAAAUACUGACUCACUUCCUAUAUUAGACCAAACAGCGCAAUGGGCUCCAACUGUUCUGAUGACAUCACUCCACUAUUAGAGAGAUAUUACCUCUCGCCAAUGUAUGGUCUGGAAUUUGCCAUUGGCUUCAUCGGAAACCUAGUGGUGGUCCUAGGCUAUAUCUUUUGCCUCCCUACCUGGAAGUCCACAAAUGUGUACCUGUUUAACCUGUCUAUUUCUGACCUCAUCUUCCUGUGCACUUUACCUGAACUGUCCUACAACUACACUUACAACCAGAAGUACUUCAAUUCUAGAUUAUGUGUGAUUAAUCGCUACAUCCUCUUUGUGAACUUGUACGCCAGCAUCCUUUUCAUGAUGUGGGUAAGUGUGGACCGGUUCUUGUUGCUGUGUCACCCACAGCGUGAACACAUCCUGUUGACUCUCAAGGCCUCCUUGUGUAUCACGAUCCUGAACUGGAUCUGGGUGAAUGUUCAAAUUGCUCCACUCAUUGUCUUCAUUAUCCAGGACUUGGAUGCAAAUAACUGGACAGCGUGUCAGGAUUUUGCGAGCCUGGGAGAGGCCAGACUUGUGCUGAUCUACAGCAUAGUGCUCACCAUAACUGGAUAUGUGAUUCCACUACUGGGUUUGUUUAUUUCAUCACAAAGGAUGGUUUCUACACUUGUGAAAAGAGAGGAAGUGCUUGGGACAUCCUUUCAGAGGCCAGUAAGAAUCUUGAGAGCUUCAGCAAUCAUGUUUCUCGUGUUGUACACACCCAUCCAUGUAAUGAGGAAUGUGCGUGUUGUAUCACGGCUUCCUAAAUUAAAUUUGUCACAGUGUAGCUUGGACAAAAUUAAUGCUGUUUACACUGUGACAAGACCAAUUGCAUUUGCUCACAGUGUCAUCAACCCUGUGUUUUACUUCCUCAUGACAGACAGCUUUAAAGAAGCACUGCUGGACAAGUGGAGGCAGCUUAAAAGGACACUACUGACUAAAUCAUAAGCAAGUCUGACCUAUCAAGCAAAGGCAGCCCUGAUAAGAAGAACCUUGCUUUCAAAUCUUACUGUGGUGUAUAUUUAUUGACAGAUGAAUAAUAAAUUACAACGAAAACCAACAUAAAGUGUCUAGAAAAUAAAACAUAUUCAAAAUGAGAAAAAAAAACCAUGUCAAAUUGUUGUCUAUUAUUAACUGGAAAUGUUAGUUAAACAAAGCCACAGUUGUAAAGAGUGGUUAUUUGAGUUACAGCUGUCAGCUCAAACCAGAUUGUACAUGCUUCUCUAAGCUCUCUCACCAACAAAGCAUUUCCACCUACAGAACUGCUGCUUGUUUUUCAUACCGUGCAAACUUCAGAGACUUUUGUGAGGUGAAAAUUUUCUGAAAUACUCAAACCAGCCCACUUGAUACCAAGAGCCAUAGUAAAAGUCACUAAGAUCAAAUUUUCCCUCUGUUUAAUACGAACAAUAACUGAAGCCCUUCACUUUUAUCUGUAUUACUGUUCCUAUCAAAGUGGCCAGUGUGUAUAUGUACAUUGUUCUUUGUACCCCAAAUGCAUUUAAUCAGUAAUAACACAUUUGUUGCUUGUUUACUUUAAUUCCUGAGCUGUGUGCCCAAACUUGGUUAAAGCUCAUUUUGGGACAAACUAUUCCUUUAAUCUAAUAGUGCCAUUAGUUUAUAGUUUAAAAUUCAGGCCACUAGUAAUGGGAUAUAUUUGUUGUUUGUGGUAUUCAUAGAUUGUUUUUUGUAUUUUUGAUUAUAUUCAUGAUAUUAUCUUCUGUAAUUCAUUUGAACAAAUCCUGGUAUUUGGUAAAUUUAUACUGACUAUUUUCCAAAUAGCUGUAAAUAAAAUCUAGACUUGUAAAACAGAGCUAUUUGCAGACAUGUGCCUUUAGGAGGUACUAUUGUUUCAGCAGUAAAAUACUGUUAUUCCACAA